AUGAUUGGUGGGGAAACACCGACGAGCUCCAUUGCCCUGUAUUUAGCCUACUGGUCGAACAUUACGCACCCUGGCACACUUAAGAGUGCAAUUGACGAUCUCCUAGCGGCAGUCGCAGACCAGGGGGUCUGCGAUCCCCGGGGUAAUACUGCUCUGCAUUACCUGGCUCUGAGGUGCCUGGAUGACUUUGGCGUGCGCGGUGAAGAAGAACGACAUCUAUGCCGCCUGCUUCAGGACCGCGGCAUUGAUCCAAAUGCUCGGAAUAUGGAUGGCCAAUCUGCCUUCGAGUUAUACACCACAGCAUUUGACACCGAUCGGUACCGGAAUCGACAAGAAAAGUGGUAUACCUUCGAUGCAUGGAUGGAUAUGGAUGAGCCAUAUGCCAAGAUCGACAAAGAAGACCUGGGGAUGUUUGAGAAGGCUGGGGCGGACGAGACCAGGAGGGCCAGACACUGCUGCAUUUGCUGGUGGAGAAAUGGACGCUGA